AUGCCCGACGCCUACGACACCAUCUUCCCGCGGAACUACUGGGGCCGGAGCGCGAUCAAAGUCUUCAACGGGGAUGGCACCCACCUCGCGUCGGUCCCGACGCGCUUCCUGGCCGCCUCCAAGUCCAACACCUGGGCAUGGGUGACCGAGGCCGUGGAGCGGAUCUGCGGUAUCGAGUUUGACUGUGCGCCGGGGUACGUCGACGACAAGACGCGCGCAGAGGUCGAGUUGGGCACGCCGCCGUACGAGGGGAGCUUUACGCUUGCUUGGACGACUGGCACCACCCCGCCCACCACCGCGUUCCUCCCCCUCCCGCCACACACGGCGUACCUCGCCAUGGUGGCCGCGCAGCGCCGCUUCGUCGCGCCUGGUCCCGGCUCGCCAGGCAGCGAGAGCGGGCGGAGCGACGAGAGCGGGGUGAGCGGCGAGACGAGCUACUCUGCCCAUUUCUACUCGUCCACUGUCGCAGCGAACGCGGGUGGCAAGUGCCUGAUCACGGGCGGGGACGAGAACCUGCACGCCACGCCGCUCGUGCCGCAGGCUCUUGGGGAGGACCGCCUGGGUCAUAUUGCGGGAGAGGACUCGCUGUCGGAGUAUCAUCCCAGCCUGGGCAUCUCGCUCGACUGCAGCCUGAGCCAGUACUACCUCAGCUUGAGGCUCGCCUUCCUCCCGCUCCGAAAGGCUGCGCUGUUCUCCGACAACGGCGCCGCCGCGGCCGCCCAGGCAAGCAGCACAACCGAGGCGUGGGUCGUGCACUUCUUCAUCCCGCCCGGCGAACCGGAAGACCCCGGCUCUAUCGCUGCCGCCAUUUACGCCGCGUACGCUUCCUGCCACGGCCAGGUUAUCACAAUCAGAGGAAAGGAGUCGCUGCGGCCUUCUUGGCGCUUCGCGUCCUACCACUACACGCAAUGCCUGCGCAUGCGCUUCGGUGGGACGUUACCAAACCGCGCCACAGUGCCGCAGAAGCGUCAGUCAGAGGGGACACCAUGA